AUGUCAUCAAAUCAAGAGGAGCCCGAGAUGGGACUACGACUAGAUGGAGUUGGUAUUUUCUGGGGGGUCUUCGCAACCCUAUGGACAGCCGCCGUUGUGUCUGGCAUAACCUAUCUCAUUUCCAACCGCAGCUCACCUACCUUGCGCAUUCGUGGCUUGUGUUUAUCCAUUUGUGCAGUCACCUUGCUGCACUGCUAUUGGAUCACUGUCCAGCUCGGCUACAUUGUGCGCAACAACAUGCCGGGCGAUGGCGAGUACUGGAUCAUGGGCACCUGGCUCCCGUUGGGCAUUGCUGUAUUCCACGCCUCGAACAGCCGUUUUCUCCACGUUGCCAAGGCUCAAAAACGAUUUGUGGACAAGGUGGAGGAGAAGCCGGAGGCAGGGAGCUCUAAGGGAGCGUUUGGGUUCUACCGGCGACUAGACCACAUCAACAAGAUGGGCAUUCUAGUUGGAGCAGGCAUCGCAAUUCAAAUUCUCAUCACCGUUACCAUGUAUCUGAUGUCCCGCAAGUGGCACGAAUCGUGGGGAAUCCCCGGCACCGAAGUCCAGGGGUCGACAGAAUCCGAGAGACGGGAGAAGAUGCUCAGGGGCUGGGAAUGGUGGCAUACGGUGUUCUGGCAAUUCUUCUGGGCGUGGAUCUUCGCACCCAUCAUCCUCUGGCGAUCGCGAAAUAUCUACGAUACUCAAGGAUGGAGGUUGCAAACCAUCGCUUGUUGUGUCUCUAGUUUGCACGCGGCCCCAAUGUGGUUGAUCGCCUUGUACGUUCCUCAGAUGGAGAAAGUCAACCGCUACUUCAUUCCUCCUCAAUGGAUCGCAGUCUCCAUCAUGUUCUUAGAAAUCUUCACCAUCUUCCUCCCCUGCUGGCAAGUCAUGCAACAGCAAAAUCUCCGCCAGGAAGUUCUCGAUACUAUUGCCCAGUGGGAAGCGAAAAGCAACCUCCCCGUGACGAGUGGCAAAUCCAUGAUAUCUGGAUCGACCGCAAUUGAAUCGUUGGGAAGCAAAGACUCGGCGUUCACCUCACACUCGAACGAGAGCAUCCUGACGAUGGGUGCACUCGAACAUGUCCUGCAGCGCAAUCCGGGACCUCUACUGGAAUUCUCUGCGCUCCAGGACUUUUCAGGCGAGAAUAUUGCCUUCCUCGUAGCAGUGGCAGCCUGGAAGGCUGGAUUCACUACAGAGGUUGAUGCGAAAGAGAAGGGUGAGGGAAAGAUGCUCAACACCCAAUACGAAGAUGCUCUCCGCAUCUACGCCGACUACGUAAGCUCCCGAGACGCCGAGUUUCAGGUCAACCUUCCUUCUACGAUCCACAAGAAACUCGAAGACAUGUUCGAAAAGUCAACCCGUGAGGCUUACGGCGACCGAAGCGAAGUCAAUCCUGCCACGCCAUUUGAUGUUCUAGAUUGGCCCAGGCGUAAGGCUUCCGGAUCUUCAGGUUUAUCGACCACGACAACAACUGAGGAGGCCGGGCAAGUGGCAGAGGGGUUCAGCAAGACGAUAUUUGAUGAGGCAGAGCAAAGCAUAAAGUAUCUCGUGUUAACCAACACCUGGCCCAAGUUUGUAAAGCAGCGCCAGUCGUCUAUGGUUGUUUCGAUGGAAGUCUGA